UUUUACACCAUCCGACGACAAUAACUGGGGCUACCCCCAGGACCCCCCCCAUCCCAGCCAGGUCUGGAGCAUCGAGGAGGGCACCGAUAUCGUAAUCACCCACAGUCCGCCCAAAAGGAGUCCUAGAUCUCAGUCGCACGAUAAAAGUCUCGAGCCGGAUGCUCGAUGCCUUUCGCCACUGUAGCAAAAGCGCGCCCUUUGAUGCAUUGCUUUGGGUCAUAUCCACGAAGCCUGGGGUGCGAAAAGUGUCACAUGGCGUGGCGACCAAGCAAGCGAUCUACCUACCCAUCUCCACGGAAAAUUGACGGUAACAAGUCCGAGGUGCUCCAGAGUCUUGCUAAACUACGAGGUGAAAGGCUUGAUGCGCAAGAAAACCCGCAACUUAAACAGGCGUUGGAUGAUAAGGAGGACAGGGGGUAUUGUUUUGCUACGCCGAGGCUGCAGCGAGGUAUACAGACAUUGUUCGUCAAUGCUGCCAUUCAAGGUGCAGAGACAGAGAAACAACAGAUGCCGUGGCUCGUCCAACUAGACCUCCCUAGAAGUAAAACAUGAUGGAAAAAUGUGAGAGACAACAGCAGCAGUUACAAAUUAUUUCCAAAUACUACAGUCUAUCUCGACGUCUAUUCUCACAGUUACUUAGCGAUGUGCUAGGCGACAAUAUCCAGUUGACCUUGAUUAAGCAGCGAGGCCUCAACGGUCUUUGCGAAUUCAAGCAUCCCAUUCCUAAACGCAAUUAUUUC